AUGGAUGGUUUGGAGUUUGCUAGCAUUGAAGAAGAUGAGCGACUUUCUCUUGAGAGGGAUUUUUCUAAGGAGGAGGUGACACAGGUCCUCCAAGAGAUGGAGGGUGAUAAAGCUCCUGGUCUUGACAGCUUCACUAUGGCUUUUUUUCAUAAAUGCUGGAGUGUUGUGGAAAAUGAUGUUAUGGCCUUUUCUGAUCACUUUCAUUGGAGUUCAGAGUUUGAACAGUCUUUGAAUGCUUCUUUCCUAUCUUUAAUUCCUAAGAAAAAUAAUGCACUAAUUAUUAAAGAUUUUCGCCUUAUUAGUUUAGUGGGUAGUGUUUAUAAGCUAUUAUCUAAGGUGUUGGCUAACAGAUUAAGGAGGGUGUUGGACAAACUCAUCUCUGAAUCGCAAAAUUCUUUUGUUGGUGGAAGACAGAUUUUGGAUUCAGUGCUAACGAAUGCCUUGAUAACAGAUUGA